AUGGAACGCCCAGCAAGUCCCACGCCACGGGACAGAGUUGCGAGGAAGCUGAUUCUUUGCUUUGACGGCACGGGCAACAAGUUCCAUGGCGAUGAAAGUGACAGCAACAUUCUCAAGAUAUUUCGUAUGCUUGAUCGGACUGCCGAUGAUCAGUAUCACUACUACCAGCCGGGCAUUGGCACCUAUGUCGUGUCCAGUUCGCUUACACAUACUGGCACGAAAGCACGCAUUCGAUCAUGGUACCAGAAGGCCAAGGAUUCAGCGAUUGGUUCUUCCUUUGAUCAGCAUGUCGUGGGAGGGUACCGUUUCCUCAUGAGAUUCUACAAUCCCGGAGAUGAAAUUUACAUGUUUGGCUUCAGCCGCGGCGCGUACAUUGCACGCUUUCUGGCUGAGAUGCUUGAUUAUGUUGGCCUCUUGUCUCACGGUAACGAAGAAUUGGUUUCAUUUGCCUGGAAAGCCUUUGCCAACUGGCAGAGUCGUCGUGGUGGCGAUAAAGACGAGAAGCUCGCGGAAGAGGAAGAGAAGAAGAAGCACGAAAUGUACCACUUCAUGAAAGGUUUCCGUGAAACUUUUUCCCGACCCGUUGGCAGGAUUCGCUUCCUUGGUCUUUUCGACACCGUCAACUCUGUCCCGCGCUUUGAGACUGCUUGGAUGCAACGAAGCAAAUUCCCUUAUACAGCCCGGAGUAGCGCACGAGUAAUUCGGCACGCCGUCAGCAUUGAUGAGCGACGAGCCAAGUUCCGACAGGAUUUGAUGUACCAGCAAGCAAACAAGCGGCACAGCGCCACACACGGCCACUGGAAAGAUUGGGAGCACAUGCUUGGCCGCCCACACAGCAGCGGACCUGGCGGAGAAACAGAUGGAACAGACAAGGUUCACCACGAGGACCGAGGUAGACGGCCAAGCAAGCACGUAACACCCGGGGAGAGGAAGUCGUCAGCAAAUCCAGAAGGCGGCAAAUACAUGCCAUAUAGGGCCAGGUCAAAGUCUGGCGCCCGGCCUGAUCGCCGUGUCUCGGUAGUUGGCUGUGAUGUGUCGGAGCAGAUCUCCAAUAUUGAUUAUGAGGAUGGCGGUGAUCAAGAUAUUGAUGAAGUCUGGUUUGCCGGUGGCCACGGGGACGUGGGUGGUGGAUGGCAAAUGGAAUCCGACGACAAGAAUGCAAGCCAUGUACCUUUGGUAUGGAUGGUCCGCGAGGCUAUGCGUGCUGGCCUAAAGUUUGACCUAGAGAAGGUCCAGGAGUUGGAUUGCUUCGAUUUGUACAACGAAAGCGCCAAGAACAGCCCCAAGGGCGGCCGCAAGCGACAACAGAAAGGACCCGAGAUUCAUCUCAAUCAGGAGGACGAAGACGGAGGAGAGCUUGUAGCCCCCCCAACCCCCGAUACCCUUGCUGAUGAUGAUGGAGGAAAGGACUUCAAGCAGGUCUUCCUCGACAUGAUGCACAAGGCACAUCUUGCCCGGAUUCAUGACUCACUCGUCUAUGGCGGCGGCCUCUCAGGGGUGGCCGUCACUGCCUGGAACAUAAUGGAGUGGAUGCCCUUCCGGCGAAUGGAUCUUCAGGGAGACGGAACCUGGAAGCCCAUCAACUGGCCGCUGCCGCGUGGAGAAGUCCGAGAUAUUCCCAACAAUGCUCGCAUCCACGGCAGCGUCAUCCGCCGCAUGAAGCUGGACAAGAACUAUCGUCCUGGAAACCUGAUUGUAGGUGGAGGCGGUCGCGGUGUCCGCAUCGCACCCGAAGAAUAUGGCGUUGGAGAAUGGAUCUGCGUGCAAGACGAAGGCGAUCCCAUUGGCGAGAUUUGGGUGCGAAAUGGUGACCCUGUGAAGCUGGAGAUUAGCAAGAAGAAGAAGAAGAAGUCCAAGGGGGAGAAGCAAAACUAA